AUGGAGAAUAUCUUAAACAAAUAUAAAUACUUUUACUGUAAACCUGCAUGCACACCAUAUGAUCCAAGUGUGAAAUUGUUUAAGAACACUGGUGAAAGUGUCAGACAAACAGAAUAUACGAGCAUCAUUGGCAGUGUUAGCUAUGCCACUGAUUGUACUAAACUCAACAUUGCAUAUGUCGUAGGACUGUUGUGCAGGUUUACGAGUAGACCGAGUAAGGAGCACUGGAAAGCUAUUGAGCGAGUCAUGAGGUACCUUAAAAAGACCAUAGAUCUCGGCCUACAUUAUCACAAAUUUCCUGUUGUAUUAGAAGGGUACAGUGAUGCAGAUUGGAACACCUUAUCGGAUGAUUCCAAAGCUACAAGUGGAUAUAUAUUUAGUAUAGCUAGAGGAGUAGUAUCUUGGAAAUCAAAGAAAUAG